AUGGUUCAACCAUCAGCCCCCAACGGAGGUUCGAGAAAGAUAUCGUUCAAUGUCUCCGACCAGUAUGACAUUCAGGAUGUGAUCGGUGAAGGAGCCUACGGGAUUGUUUGUUCCGCCGUGCAUAAGCCAUCCGGCCAAAAAGUUGCAAUCAAGAAGAUCACCCCAUUCGACCAUUCCAUGUUCUGUCUCCGCACUCUACGUGAGAUGAAACUAUUACGGUACUUUAACCACGAGAAUAUUAUAUCCAUCCUUGAUAUCCAGAAACCCCGCAACUUCGAGAGCUUCACGGAAGUGUAUCUUAUCCAGGAGCUCAUGGAGACUGAUAUGCACCGAGUCAUCCGUACACAAGACCUCUCCGACGACCACUGCCAAUACUUCAUCUACCAGACCCUACGAGCACUAAAGGCCAUGCACUCUGCCAACGUACUUCACCGUGACUUGAAGCCGUCCAACUUACUCCUCAAUGCCAACUGUGAUUUGAAAGUUUGCGACUUCGGUCUCGCUCGUUCUGCCGCAUCAACCGACGAUAACUCGGGGUUUAUGACGGAAUAUGUUGCGACACGUUGGUACCGUGCUCCGGAGAUCAUGCUGACGUUCAAAGAAUACACCAAGGCAAUCGACGUCUGGAGUGUAGGCUGCAUCCUCGCAGAAAUGUUAAGCGGCAAACCCCUCUUCCCCGGAAAGGACUAUCACCACCAGUUAACCCUCAUCCUGGAUGUUCUCGGCACCCCAACUAUGGAAGACUACUAUGGCAUCAAAUCCCGCCGUGCUAGAGAAUACAUUCGCUCGCUACCUUUCAAGAAGAAGAUCCCGCUCAAGGCAAUGUUCCCCAAAACAUCUGAUCUGGCAUUAGAUUUGUUGGAGAAACUUCUUGCUUUUAACCCCGUCAAGCGCAUCUCUGUUGAAGACGCGCUGCGUCACCCGUAUUUGGAGCCUUAUCACGAUCCAGAGGACGAACCGUCAGCGGACCCCAUCCCAGAGGAGUUCUUCGACUUCGAUAAGAAUAAAGACACACUGAGUAAGGAGCAGCUCAAAGUCCUUAUCUUCGAGGAAAUUAUGCGGUAG